AUGACCCCUGCACAGAAGAUCCUGUACAGGGAGGUGAUGCUGGAGAUCUACAGCAGCCUGCUCUCCUUGGGAAUGAUCGGGUUCCUUGCAGCUAGCUGUGAGCGGACCACACGGACGGAGACGGCCCUGAGCCAGGGCCCGCGGUCGCUAGGCUGCGGGCCGGGGCUCCCGAGCAGGCCCGAGCCCGCGGUAGCAGCGGUGGAGGCGGCGGCGCGGAUGGCGGCGGAGCCCGGGCGCCAGUGGGUCCAGGCCCGCAGCGCGUACGCGGCGAGCGAGGCGCUGCGGCGCGGCGCUGGCCGCCGGCGGGAGCCCACGGCGCAGCCCAACGGGCCGGGCCCGGAGGACGCGCGGGCCCCAGGCCGCCUGGCCCGACUUCGAGGCCAGCUUCGGGAGAAGGCGGCGCCGCGGCUGCUGCGCUUGGCGGAGCACGCGAUGGAGGCGGAGGCCAAAGGGCCCAGCGCGAAGAGCGAGGCGCGCGGCGGCGGCUCCGUGUGCUCCGUGUGCGGGGAGCCACGCGGCGGGGCCACCUACCCGGCGGGAGUCCUGGAGGUGAGCGAGCAGCGGCUGCAGGAGGGGCUGGCGGCCAUGCGCACCGAGCUGGGCGCGGGGCUCGAGGCGCUGCGGGCGGAGCUGCGGGCCGAGCUGGACGCGUUGCGCGCACUGCUGCCGCCGCCGUCGCCGCCGCCGCCCGCCGCGCGCCGCGAGCCCCGCGAGCCCCGCGCUGCCCCGCGCGCACACGCGCCCCGCGGCCCGGGCCUGCUGCGGGCGCUCGGCACCGUGAACGCCCUGGUGGUGGCUGCCUCGAGAUCCACAGACGAUGGCCCCGACGGCCCCGCCGACGGCGCUGCGAGCCGAGCCCCGGCCCGGAAGAACCUCAAGAAGACGCCGGUGCCGCCCGGCGCCCCGGCAGGUGGCGGGGAUUGA